GAAGUAGCCGGUCCACAAGGCAAAGUGAGGGUCUCCGAGGGUGGCCUUCAGUUCCUUCCUUGGACCGGCGAAGGAGGAGAGAGGACGCUGUUGACUUUUGAGGAGGGUUAUAGAGCGGAUUUGUCAGUGUUUAUAUCAACAUGAUCUUUAGAAUCUUAUCCUUCGCCUCCAUCCUGUUGACCAGUCACGUGCUGGUGUGGGCGCAGGAGACGAGUGACCAGACUACAGGCGCUGUGUGGACGCCGGGAAGGAUAACGCAAGUGACACUGGCAAUUGUUGAAUCUGCGCUGCUCACUCUCCUGCUCAUUUACCCCGGGAUUAUGGAUCCCAUCGUCAAUUUCAUCAACCAAAACAUCGGGAGUGCCGGCUCCAGGAAGCGACGAGACACGCGGGCGGCCAUGUUACAGCAAGCGGCAGCCAUUCAUAACCUCUUCCUCGACGCUAUCGACCACUACGAGAGUUUGGACGAAAUGCUGUCGAGUGUCUGAGCGUUUCCAGAUUCUUAAUAACAUCCCUUAACGCUAAAAUCUUUUAAUUAAAGAAUGGCGUUAAUUCUCGCACUGACUGUACAUGAUUGUAUUAAUAUCUAACAUCUGAGAUAAAGCGUGUAUUCUAUCUACGAAUAAAAUCUGGAUAAAGGCGAAA